CAUCCCGGGACGCGACACUCAGCUUGUUACCACUCCCAAAUAAGCCAGAAACCAUCGGAGUACAUCUUUUAGCUACUACCAUCAUCGCUUACAAGCUCGUAAUCCUGCAAACGGUCUCACUGAGCCUUCUGCGUCCCCCAACCCGUGCAUGGACUGCCCAAAUUGCGAGCUCACCCAAAGAAGAUUCUACUGCGAGAAUUGUCUCAGGACACAUCUGCUCAACUUCCGAUCGCAGACCCAACAUGCUGCGGCAGACAGAGACGCCCACAUCUCCGCGGCGGAGAAGGCUCUCACCACCGUCGUGGACCCUGCACGCCUUCGUAGGGCCGAGCUGAAGGGGCGAGAAGAGAGGGUCCAAGAAAUUUGGGACGGCGUGAACGAGGUUCGAGGCACGAACGAGCGAUUACGCGAACGGGUGCAGACCUUGAGGAGCACACUCGCCACUCGAAGACGAACUCUUGCUAUCGCAACUUCCACCUUUGUACAUCCCCAUGCGUCGACUCCUUCAACUUCCGCUUCCCCACCCUACGCGCCCAUCACUGGAUCGCCGCAGGCAGGGCGUGCCAUAGCCUCCAGUCGCCCGACCUCCUCAAUCUCUUCGCACUCGCCUACCCCAUCCCCCUCAAACGCGCCCUCCGCCUCGCGACCCAUCGCAUCCUCCCGCCCCGUGAGCACCGGGUACUUCACCUCGGCAUCCCCCCAAGCUGCCCGCUCGCCCUUCUCCCUCGCUUCUACCCCGCCCCAGAGCUAUGCCCGCCCAUCUGCGCUAGUAGGCGUACACGCUCGCGCGGUGUCAAGCCCGAUUCCGGGGAGCGCCCCGUACGGAACGCAGCUACCUACACGCGGGAUCGACCUGCUCGCGCGGCAGAUCGAUGAGACGCAGGCCCAGCUCGCUGCGCUCUCGGAUACGAUCGCAAGGGCGCGCUCUGGGCUCGUGCAGGAGCUUGUCGAGGUGUUCAGCGUCGUUGAGGUGGGCGGGCGCCCACCGCUUGGUGGUAAGGCGGGCACGAAGGGCGAGUGGACGAUCGGCGGGCUUGUGUUGCCCGUCCCGGGCGAUAUCCGACGAUACCCCCCUGACCAUAUAAACGCGGUGCUUACGCACACGAUACACUUUGUGACGCUGCUCGCGUUCUAUCUCGGCGUGAAGCUCCCGUUCGAGAUCGUAUGGAGUCGGUCGACAACAGCCCCCACGGGCCCUCCGAAAGGGAGUGGCCUACUGGGCGUCGGAAUACCCUGGAUUGGCGCGACACGCGGUGGUGAGAGCGGUGGCUGGGCUAGGUGGUCGACGAAACAACCUCUCCACGUCUCCUCCGCACCUCCGCCCGCCUCCUCAUCCAACACCAGCUCCCCAUCCACCCACACCCGCAGCGCCUCGCUCUCCGAAUCAAUGUCUGCUUCCACACUCGCGGACUCACAGCUCGCAGACUCUCCACCCCCCUCGGGCGCAUCCGCCCCAGGGGGCGCGUUCACGACCGCGCUCGCGAUGCUCCUCUACGACGUGUGCUACCUCGCGCACACGCAGGCGGUCGACGUCCCGCUCGCACACGCAGGUGAUGCGCUUGGGGUGCUCUGGGCCGUGUGCUGCUCGCCGGAGCUCGGGCGCCGUUCGCAUGCGGCGCGGCCGCUCCUGCCGCCCCCAACCCCGCCUGCGUUCGCGCUCGACUUUAGCCAGUUGCUGCAGGCGACGGCGGCGACGCCUGCGCGGGCGCGGGCGCGGGGCACGAGCGGGAAGGAGGCGAGGCGGAGGGAGGAGCGGAUCGUGGAGGAGGACGAGGGCUGGGACUUGCUCGAUGAGGACCUCGUCGACGCGUAGGUGUUCGCUCGUCUUUCUCGUGUUUUUUUGUCUCUCCGCACAAACUCAGGCUUGGGAUAAUGUAAGAGCAACAUGUACGUAUACCUCGCACCACUCAGUUGUAUCGGUAGCUUUGUAGAUGUGAAAGGCGGCUGGGCCGUCUCGUUCCCCUGUCACCGUUACCUGGAGGAUGCUCGCACUCACUCGCGCUUGGAUUUCGCUGGACACCGUGUAUAUGUAUGGAAUAACUCAUGGAAUACGG